UCUCUCUCUCUCUCUCCGCUGUGCCUUCGAUCGCAGAAAUUGCUCCAUCCUUCCCAUCCGCGGGCGAACGGGCCGGGUUCGGGUCGGGUCGGGUCGAGGCGCUCGCCGCCAUGGCGCGGCGGUGCUCCCACUGCAGCAACAACGGCCACAACUCCCGCACCUGCCCCGCCCGCGGCGUUGGCGGCGGGGGCGGCGGCGGCGGGGUGAAGCUCUUCGGGGUGAGGCUGACGGACGGGUCGAUCAUCAAGAAGAGCGCGAGCACCAGCAGCCUCUCGUCGCACCUCCUCUCCUCCUCCUCCUUCUCCUCGUCGCCGUCGCCGUCGCCGACCGCCGGGUCGCCUCCGCCUCCCCCCCCUCUGCCGCCGCCGCCGUCGUCCGACCGCCGCCACCGCCACCAUCACCACCGCGACCCGGACGGUUGCUUGUCCGAUGAUCCCGCGCGGGGCGCUUGCGCGUCCAAUCGCCGUGGGGAGAGGAAGAAAGGUGUCCCUUGGACAGAGGAGGAACACCGGCUUUUUUUGAUUGGUCUGCAGAAACUAGGUAAAGGAGACUGGCGUGGUAUAGCGCGCAGUUAUGUUACAUCGAGAACUCCUACUCAAGUGGCUAGCCAUGCCCAGAAGUACUUCAUUCGGCAGACUACUGCUAGCCGUAGAAAGAGACGCUCCAGCCUUUUUGACAUGGCUCCAGAUAUGGCCACUGAUCGUCCACUAAUACCCAAAGAAACAACCUUGCCUCCUCCUUUUGCAAGAGAUACUGAUCGACCAGAUUUAAUGCCUUCGCUGGAUCUCUCGCUGGCCUCAGAAUCUAAGCCAAUGGAAACCUCUUCUCAUGAAACAUCUAAAGAUGUUGCCAAAACUGCAAUGGCGCCUAUCGUGUUUCCGUCUACGAUUCCUGAACAUUUCCCAACUUAUUACAAGCAAGUACCUCUUUCAAUCUGGCCAUCGAAUAAAACCUCUGUGGAAAAUAAGACUGCAGAGAUAUGUCAUCAUCAGGUCCUGAAGCCAAUUCCCUUGCUUCCUAAGGAGCCCGUCAAUGUAGAUGAACUAGUUGGUAUGUCUCAGCUGAGUCUUUUAGAGACCGAGAACGGCUCCAGGGAUUGUCCAACUCUCUCUUUGAAAUUGCUUGGUGAGCCCUCGCGCCAAUCAGCUUUUCAUGCUAACCCGGUUGCUUCACCAGAUUUAAGCAAGAGCAAGAACAAUCCAAUCCAAGCAGUUUGAUUUUCAGAAAGGGCAUGGUACUUAGGCUCUUAAGGGGAAGAACCCUUUGUCAUCUUGUCCCUUCUUUAAACAGCUUGUUUUCCUUAACAUUAUGCUUUAUGGUCCUUAGAGCCCCAGUUGUUAGAUAAGCAUAGAUAGAUUGUAAUUCAUAUUUAUUCUAUUCAUCUGUAAUCAUGUAUGCUCUUAUUUUGACUGAUUUACAUCCAGACUCUAAUUUGGAUCCAUCAUGUUUGUGCUCGUUAA